AUGCCAAAAGGAAUAGUAGAUUUAGAAGAAAUUAUCGAAAAAAUUCAAAAAUUUUCAGAAGUGAAUUCUGAAGAAAAUAAUAAAAUUCUACAACAAAUUUUAAGUAAAGUUAAUGAUCAAGGAGAAGAGGUUAAAAAAUUGACUAAAGAAGUUGCUGAAUUGAAAAAAAAAUUAGAGGCUGGAAAUAUUAAUGAUGCUGAAGUAGUUUAUGUUAAUGGUUGGAGAACUCUUGUUACUGAAUAUAGUUCAGAUGGACAAACAACUAACAACAUUGAUCAAAAAGUCCACCAAAAAAGCGAAGUAGAUAAAGCCCAUAAAUUAUUAGCCAAAAUAAAAAGUGAAACUGAUUUAUCUAAAUUGCCAAGUGAUAAUGAGAUUAAGUCUUAUGACGAAAGCAAAGUCCCAAGUAGUAUAAAUUAUGGAGUUCUUAUAGGAGAAAGAGACAAUAAAACUAAAUCGCUAUUUAAGAGUGUUUUUGAAGGAAGCAAUCCAAAAGAGAUUAAGAGUAAGAUCACCAGUUAUCAAGGGGUAGAAAAUAUUGAUGUUCUAAAAAUUAAGCAACUUGAUAUUGAUAAUGAAAUUACAAAAGCCGAUAACCUGUUAAAUGAUAUCAGUAAGCAAACUUCCUUGCAUGACCUCAUUCCUACUUAUAAGCAAGAGGAAAUUAAAGCCUUGAAGGAUGAACUAUUGCCACCUAAUAAAAAAUCUACCGAUAUUAUUAAUAAGAGAGAAGAAAUUAAAGAGUAUGAUCCAUUAACUCCGGAAAUAUUGGAUGGGUUCUUUAAGGCUUGUGAGGGAUUAGGAGGCAAAGUAUUGCAAGAUGGAGAGGAAGAAAGUUUAGAUAAAGUAAGCCCUAAUUAUAAAAAUGAAAAAGGAGAACCAACGUCAUUUUUAAAGAGUUUGAAAGCUUUCGAAAUAGAUGAAGUGGAAGCGGGCAUAUCAGCUAAAGAGGGAGAAUUACCAAAGGAAACCCGUGGAACUUACUUAUUACCUCUUUUCUACAAGAUGAACAACUAUAAUAAAGAUGCUCCUGAUUUUUGCGAUUGGAAGAGGGUGAAGAAAGUGGGGGAAAGUGGUAAAGAGACAGAAAUUAAUCUCGUUAUUGAUACUACCACUGAAAACGAUAUAAACGAUCCCCAGAAUCCUAAGAAAUAUACUGACGCAACCAUUAAAGAGUUGAAAGAAUUAUUAAAAGAUGGAUUAAAGGGGCAUUUGGCGAUUGGAACCGGAGUGGGAAAAACUACUAAAACUAUAAACUGUUUAGUUUAUAUGAUGAAGAAAUUGUUUAAUGCAAAUGUUGUUUUAAUUUGUCCUACUACUCCUUUGGUUCAGAAAAAGGAGGAGUAUACCGAUGAAAAUGGAGUUAAAAAAGAGCGCUACAAAUCCCAUGGAACUUAUAAGGUAGAAAUGAAUAAGUUGGUAGAUGGAUUAUCCAUUAUGGAGCCGAAAUAUUUUAAUGCUUACUUAGCGGCUACUUUGUGCGACACUAGUUUGCUAGAUAGUUCCAAAGGUGGUAACAAAAUACCACAAGAAGAAAAAAAUAAGUUUGAAGCCAAUGUUGCUAAGAUUAAAGAUUAUGUCAUACCGGAUGGAACUCUAAUUGUUUUUGAUGAGGCUGACUUUGCUAUACCUGAAUAUCAGGAAAUGAUAAGAGACACCAUUAUUUUAACUAAUCCUGAUGGUAAAGCCAAAUAUCGGGUUUUAAAGAUGAGUGCGACUUUUAAAGGAAAACCAUUUUCAAUAACUUCUUCUUAUCCGAUAGAAAGUUAUUAUUUAGGUGGUCUAAAAACAGGGACUGAUUUAAAAUUAGAGGACAGAUUAGGUAAAGGUAAAUCAUUGCUUUUUUUGAAAAGUAUUAAAAAUAAACAGAUUAGCAAAGCAUUAGAUGUCUUAAAGAAAGGAUCAGGUAAAACUGGUAAUGGAGUUUGUCAUGUAGUUUAUGAUAGCACUUAUGAAUCCUUUAUGGAAGGAAUUUCAUUUGGUUUACCAAAAGGUUCAGUAGGAAUUGGAGACACUAGAUAUGGUCGGGGAUUCACUCCUGAUAUUCAAAAUACUUUUUCUAGUGGUCUAAUUGAAAUAUCAGCAUUAGGAGCGUUCUGUAGGUAUGCUUCACCCGAAACUCAACCUUAUCCAGUUGCUGAAGGAGGUCAACAAAGAGGUCGAGGAGGUCGUAUUCAAGAAGGAUUUUGA